UCCAGACUCACUCCUCACUCCUCACGCUCCCUCUCUCAUCUCGCUGCUGGGAAACGACCUCUCACCCUGAAACAAUGGCCAAGGACAUGACUCUGCUGUGGGGCUCCGGCUCUCCUCCCUGCUGGAGGGUCAUGAUCGCCCUGGAGGAGAAAGGCCUGCAGGGCUACAACAGCAAACAGCUGUCCUUUGAGAAGGGGGAGCACAAGGGGAAGGACGUGCUCGCCAUCAAUCCCAGGGGUCAGCUUCCUGCCUUCAAACACGGAAACGUCACCCUGAACGAGUCCUACGGCGCUUGCAUAUACCUGGAGGAGCAGUUCAAGGGCCAAGGAAACAAGCUGAAGCCCGAAAACCAAGCCGAAGUUGCACUGAUGUACCAGCGCAUGUUUGAGGGCCUAUCGCUCUUCGACAAAAUAAAACAAUCCCUCUUCUACGAUCGCUUCGUCCCCGAGGCAGAGAGGCACGACUCCGCCAAGCAGAGGUUCACCGGGCAACUGAAGGACGAGAUCAAAAUCUGGGAGGGGUACAUGCAGGCAACGGGUCCUUACCUUGCAGGAAAGAACUUUUCUCUGGCCGACGUCAUCGUCUUCCCAGUGAUCGCUUUUCUCUUCCGCUUUGGCUUGAAUGAGGAGCACUUCCCUAAACUGGCAGCUUACCACAACACUGUGAAGGACAGACCCAGCGUCAAGAACACCUGGCCUUCCAACUGGAAGGACACUCCAGGAAUGGAUGCACUGAAGAACCUUUAAGCUGGAAACAAUAUUCCUUUUGCGUUUACUAUGAAGCUACAUAUUCUGCUGCACUACUGUAGAGGUUUACAUGUUAAACAGAAAACAGACAAACCCUUUGCUUUCACUGUUAGGUGCUUACCUGAUACCAUUUGUACUUAAUUUCCUAUAAAGAUGUGUGUUUGGUGCUGUGACCAACAAAAUAAAUAGAACUGAAAUUCA